CUCUGCCUCGCUGCGACGCUCCUCUCUGUCUCUGCCCGGCACGAAGCGACGCUGCCCCUUGCACAGCACUCACGACACGCCAUCGCCGCGACCCUACCCAUUCACACAACAGCAGGCGCGCACCGCCGGCGACCAUGGCCGUCUUCUCAAGAAUCACCUUGCUAGCUGGCACGGCCGCGCGCUGCGUGCACGCCAUGAACCGCCGCGGCCUCGCGAUGGCGAAUCCCACCGCCACGUUCAAGACGACGAAGGGCGAGUUUAAAGUAGAGCUCUUCCAGGACCAGCUGCCGAUCACGACGUCGAAUUUCAAGGACCUCGCGACGUCCGGCUUCUACGACGGCCUGACGUUCCACCGCGUCAUCAAGGGCUUCAUGUGCCAGUUCGGCUGCCCGAACUCGGCGAACCCGCAGUCGCCGAUCGCGGGCACGGGCGGCCCGCCGGGCAACACGCAGUACACGUUGCCUGAUGGUAGCGUGAUCCAGCGCGACGGUGGCGGCAACAUCCCCGACGAGCUCGUGGGCGAGAUCUCGAACGAGGUCGGCACGAUCUCCAUGGCCAACACGGGCGCCCCCAACAGCGGCGGCUCGCAGUUCUUCCUGAACACGAAGCACAACGCGUUCCUGGAUUACUUCGACAACAGCACGCCCUCCAAACAUCCGGUUUUUGGCAAGGUCGUCGAUGGCAUGGACGUCGUCUCCGCGAUCGAGGGCGUCCCGACGGACGGCCGGGACAAGCCGAUCGAUGCCGUGCGCGUGGAGAGCAUUACGAUCGCGGAGUAGAUUCGAGGUGCGCGGUCGCCUAGUAUUAUUCUAAUAUUCACAAGAAGAGAGUUUACCAAACACCGUGUGUGUGUGUACAAGUUCGUCUUUGGCGCGU